AUGUCCUUGGCCCUACCCACAAAACCCAAUGUCCUGGGUGUGCACACCACCACCGCGCUGGUGUUCAGCGAGAGGACCGCGGACAGGGCGGCGCGGCUGCGGACCCCCCUGCCAGCCCUGGCCGCGCUGACGGCGUGCGCGCACGUCCAGUGGGACAUGGCCUCGUCUGAUGUAGCCACAUUCGUCUCCCUCGCGGUGCCCGCGCUGGCCAACGCGCUGCAGCUCCGUGCCUUCGCCGAGCCGGGGGACACCGUGCGCGUCGCGCUGGUGGUGCGCGGCCACCACGCGCCCUUCCACGCUGCCUUCCGCGCCGACGGCCGCUGGCACCACGUGUGCGCCACGUGGGAACAGCAAGGCGGACGCUGGGCGCUGUUCGCCGACGGGUGCCUGCGCGCAGGGGCGCGGGGCCUGGGCGGGGGCCAUCCGGUGCCGCCCGGGGGCAUCUUGGUGCUGGGCCAGGAUCAGGACUCCCCCGGCGGCGGCUUCUCGGCGCGUGACGCCUUCAGCGGCAACAUCACCGACUUCCACUUCUGGGCCCAGGCCCUGAGUCCUGCGCAGCUGCAGCGGGCUCGGGCCUGCGCGCCGCCCCUCAGCGGCCUGCUCUUCCGCUGGGACCCAAGCGCCCUGGAUGUCACGCCCUCGCUGCUGCCUGCUGUGCAGGUGCAUCUCCUCUGUCCAGAUCUCACGUUGCCCUGUCACCCUGGGGUGGUGCGACAUGACGCCCCGUCAGUACCCUCAGAGGAAUGCCCCAUGUGGAACCCAGGACGCCACACCGAGGGCUUCGAGCUCUGCUUGCAACCGAGGCCCUUCCUCUGCUGCUACCGGACAGAGACCUACUGGCAGCUGCAGGAUAGCCGGUCAUGGCCUGGCCAGGAUGUCAUCAGCCAUGUGAAUGCCUUAGCCAAUGCCACUGUGCUCCUCCGGUGCCCCCUCUCUGAAGCCCCUGAGGCCCUGUCUCUAGACAAGGCUGCCAGCUUUCUAGGCACCCUGGAGAGGGUCCUGGCAGAAGAGACAGCUCCGUUGGGGCCCGCUGCACUGCUGGCUGUCGUGCACUUCCUGAAGAGGGUGACAGCCCUUGGGGCUGGGGAGCUGGAGCAUUUGACAGGCCCCUGGGAGCAGCUGGGCCAGGGCGUUGUGUCUGUGACUAGCCUGGUCCUGGAUGAGCAGUUGGCUGGUACAUGGCUGUCUAUCAGUGAGAUGGCUGGUGGACCUAUGGCCCUGGUGGUCAGCAUGCAGCGCCUGACACCCCUGCUGAGCACCGUGCUGACUUCCACAAGGCCUCGAAUGCUCAUCCAGCACCAUCAUGCUGGUCUGGAUGUGCAGAGCCUAUACCUGGGGGAGGCCAGCACUGCGGGCCACACAUUCACGAUGCCCGGUGGGCAUGCAGAGGGACCCGGCCACAUCCACAUUCCGGCAGGUGAAGUGAGGCGGCUCCUUGGGAAAGUGAUCCACAGCUGGUUCGCCUCCAGCAUCUUCCAGCAAACUCUGGGGUUGCGCAACCUGGUACCCCAGACCCCCAACAGUUUAGAAGAGGCAAGCAGGAUGCAGAGGCUCCUAAGCACCCAGGUGGGGUCAGCCAUCCUCUCCUCUGAGGUGUGGGACGCUGCUGGGGAGGUGAGCACGGCCGUGACCUUUCACCUGCAGCACCAAGCCCAGGUCUUCCCUCAAAAGCUGCUGGAGCCAGUCUGUGCUUUCUGGGACUUCAGUAUCAGCCCAGACACAGGGGGCUCCUGGGCCACAUCCGGCUGCUCCGUGCUCGCUUUGCACCAGGACUCUACUACCUGCUUCUGCAACCACAGCACCAACUUUGCUGUCCUGUUGCAGGUGUACGAUGUCCAGAGGGGCCCAGAGGAGGAGUCACUGCUGAGGACUCUCUCGUUUGUGGGCUGCGGAGUGUCCUUCUGUGCUCUCACCACUACCUUCUUGCUCUUCCUGGUGGCCGGGGUCCCCAAGUCGGAGCGCACCACAGUUCACAAGAACCUCACCUUCUCCCUGGCCUCCGCCGAGGGCUUCCUCAUGGCCAGUGAGUGGGCGAAGACCAACAAGGCGGUGUGUAUGGCUGUCACGGCCGCCAUGCACCUCCUCUUUUUGGUCGCGUUCUCCUGGAUGCUCGUGGAGGGGCUGCUGCUGUGGGACAGGGUGGUGACUGUGAGCAUGCGCCCAGGCCCCAGGAUGAGGCUCUACCAUGCUGCAGGCUGGGGAGUGCCUGUGGUCAUCAUGGCUGUCACCCUGGCCACACACCACCAUGACUACAUGGCCACUGGGCACUGCUGGCUCAAUGUGCACACAGAUGUCGUCUGGGCCUUCGUGGGGCCGGUGCUCUUCGUGCUGACUGCCAACUCCUGCAUCCUGGUCCGCGUGGUAAUGGUCACCGUGUCCAGUGCCCGCCGCCAUGUGCGCAUGCUGAGCCCACAGCUGGGCCUGCAGCAACAGAUCCAGGUCCAGAUGUGGGCUACAGUGAAGCCAGUGCUCGUCCUGCUGCCAGUCCUGGGCCUGAGCUGGCUGGUUGGCCUCCUGGUACACCUUAGCCCAGCCUGGGCCUAUGCCGCAGUGGGGCUCAAUUCCUUCCAGGGCCCUUACAUCUUCCUGGUCUAUACAGCCUACAAUGGAGAGGUGCAGAACGCCCUCCAGAGGAUGAUGGAGAAGAAGGUGGCUGAGGGGCUCCCAGUGGGGCAGACCUGCUCUGCCCCACCAGCCUGCGGCCCCCAGGUCCCUGGGCAGUGGUCCCAGACAGCCCUGCAGCCUCAGCUCCACCUCAAAGACAUGUGGCUCCCAGAGAGGCGCCCCCUGCAGGCCGGUCGGGAGCGCGCAGGGGCGAUCCGGGGCGCAGCCGCCCCCCACCCCCGCAGGCCCAGCCCCCUCCGCCCCGCCCCCACCCGCGGGCGCAGCCGUCUGCGGGAACAAGAGCCGCAGCGGCGCCUCGGUGCUCAAGUGACAGCGCCUUUGUCUCUGCUGAAUGGGUGCGUUGCUAGGGCCGCUCGUAGCAACCGAGCCCGCUUCCACCUCGGGCCCACCCUCCGGACCCCCAACCCUGGCCUGGCCCUCCCGACGGUUCCCGCUCUAGUCCCCCACCUACCCAGGCCACUCAGGCGACCUGAGCGAGAGAUGCGUGAGAGUAGAGGCUGCCCGCUGUGUGUCCCUCCUAGAAGUCCAGGGGGCUCUGCGGGCAUGCAUGUGAUCUGA